AUGGCGGCCCUCGGAUAUCCUGCCCGGGAGACGCCGGCGGCCCCCGCCCCAGGUACCGCCCGCGCUAUGCAGCCUUUGGUUCUUCCGUCCGCCCCCCCACCCUUCCACUGUCGGUUUCACCCCGUCUGUCCCUCUUCAGGACCCGCCGUGCGCAGUGACGUCACAGGAUACCCCGCGCGCAGUGACGACACCUCCAGGGCUUAUCCCGUAGGCGGUGAAGGUGACGCGGCCUCCAGGAAGCAAAACAAGAAGAAAAGUCGGAAAGGAGCCUCGGGGUCGAAUGUAGCCGGGAAGGCCUGCGAGAAGCCGGCCCCGGAGCCCUCUCCGAGCCCGGAGGCCCAGGCAGAACAGCUGGCCCGGGAGCUGGACUGGUGCGUGGAGCAGCUGGAACUCGGCCUCCGGAUGCAGAGCCCCAGCCCGAAGCAGAAAGAGCAGGCUGUCGUGGCCAUCCGGACCCUGCGCAGUGGGAGAACCCCUCUGCCCCGCAAGAGGCAGCUGAUGCGCUCCUUGUUUGGGGAUUACCGGGCGCAGAUGGAAGCGGAGCGGCGUCAAGCCCUGCGGGCUCUUCAGACCGCAGCCCGUUCAGCCCACGUGCAGCCUGUGGGUGAGGCCGCCAGGAAGAGGAGCCGAAGGGUCUGCAGGUCCCGUCUGGAAAGGGGACCUAAGGCCACCCUCGACGUUCCAGAGGAAGAGUUUAGGUUCAAUUUCUUUUAG